AUGGGUCUUCCUCCAUUAUCUCAUGGUCCACGGUCCUCUAUGAUGUCGAUUGAAUAUGAUGGGAUUCCGUUACCACCACCAAGUAUUCGCUCAUGUGGUUCACAACAAUAUGUUACAAGUUAUAUUCCUACAGGUGCUGCAUUUCCUCCAAGUAGUGUGCAAGAUUUAAUCUCCAGUAUGAAAUCAUAUGCUAGUGCAACCGAUUUAGUACGUACGUAUAGUGAAAUUCCAUCCGUUGAAGAAGCUCUUGUAACAUUAGAUCGUGCAGCACUUGCACUGGGUGUAAGACGUUAUCGUGAUGCACUGAAAUUGUACUUGGAAGGAGGUUAUGCGAUGGCAAAUGUUGCGGAACGACAAGCUAAUCCAAAAAUCUGUAAUCUAUUAACAAGUAAAGGGUUUGAAACCCUCAAUUGGUGUGCCAGAUUAUGCGAUUGGAUUGAAGGUCGAAUUAAAGAGAAACAUCCACGACCAGGAGUACAUAAGGUUGGAAUACCAGUUGCUAAUUGGAAUGAAGAUUGGACUGGUCCUUGCUUGAAUGAAGACGAAGCAAGACGCAUGUGGUAUACACCAGUCUAUUGUCCUCAUCCAAUUGAUUUUUCCAAUUUAGGGUAUCGUUUACGAUGUGUUGAGACAGGGAGACGACCACGACUUAUGAUUUGUAUUACCAUGUACAAUGAAGGUCCACAGCAACUUAAAGCGACCUUGGAGAAACUUGCCAAUAAUUUGGCAUAUAUGAAGGAGCAGCAGACCGAAUGUGAAAAGAUUUUAUCAGGAGCAUUUGUAGGUGAUGAAAUAUGGCGUAAUGUAUUGGUCUGUAUUGUCGCUGAUGGACGCGAACAGGUGAAUGACAAGAUGCUCAAUUACUUGGAAGCUAUUGGACUCUAUGACGAAGACCUUUUGACCAUCAAUAGUGCUGGUAUUGGAGCACAAUGCCACUUGUUUGAACAUACACUGCAGCUUUCGGUAAAUGGCAAGAGUAUGUUGCCUAUCCAGACACUAUUUGCACUGAAGGAAAACAAAUCCAGCAAACUUGAGUCGCAUCAUUGGUACUUUAACGCAUUUGCAGAGCAGAUCCAACCGGAGUAUACAGCGGUGAUGGAUGUCGGCACCAUGCUGACCAAGUCGGCGCUUUAUCACUUGCUCUUAGCCUUUGAACGCAACCAUCAGAUUGGAGGAGCUUGUGGACAACUUACGGUAGACCAACCGUUUGACAAUUUGAACAACUGGGUUGUCUCGGCGCAACAUUUCGAGUACAAGAUCUCCAACAUCCUUGACAAGUCGUUGGAGAGCUGUUUUGGGUUUAUCAGCGUCCUGCCUGGUGCUUUUUCGGCCUACCGCUACGAAGCCAUCCGCGGAGCACCAUUGGAUGCGUACUUUCAGACUCUCAACAUUGAUUUGGACGUGCUUGGGCCUUUUAUUGGCAACAUGUAUCUUGCAGAGGAUCGGAUUCUGUCAUUUGAAGUCGUAGCACGCAAGAACUGCAAAUGGACCAUGCAUUACGUCAAGGACGCUGUGGCUCGGACGGAUGUUCCGCACAAUCUUGUUGGUCUCAUUUCGCAGCGUAAGCGCUGGCUGAACGGUGCGUUUUUUGCCACACUGUUCAGCAUUUGGAACUGGGGUCGCAUUUACUCCGAGAGCUCGCACUCGUUUUGGCGAAAGCUGGCGUUCCUGUUCUUUUUCCUCUAUCACCUGUUUUAUACGGUGUUCGGCUUCUUCUUGCCUGUGAAUUUGUACCUGGCACUCUACUUCAUUGUGUUCCAAGGUUUUCAGCAAAAUCGUCUCGGGUUUGUUGACACUUCGGAAUAUUCACAAACUGUGUUGGACUGUGCUGUGUACUUCUACAACUUCGUGUAUCUCUUCGGGCUCCUGACGCUGAUCAUUAUUGGUUUGGGCAACAAUUCGAAGCACAUGAAGCUAACGUAUUAUUUUGUGGGUGGCAUUUUCGGUGCCAUGAUGAUGCUCUCGUCGCUUGUGGGCGUCGGCAUAUUCUUCUCGUCCCCAACAACGGUCACCUCAGUUGCGCUAUCGAUCCUUAUUGUCGGCGUGUACUUCAUUGGUCCGGCUCUUCACGGCGAGGUGCACCAUAUUUUCAUGACGUUCACGCAUUACACGUCAUUGAUCCCUAGCUUUGUAAACGUUUUCACGAUCUACUCAUUCUGCAACCUUCAGGACUUGUCAUGGGGCACGAAAGGUUUGUACGACGAUCCGAUGGUGGUUUCGAUAGAUGAGACUGAGAAGGGUGACUUCAAGGACGUGAUAGCUAAGCGACGUGCAAUGGAAGAACGCCGUCGUGAGGAGAAGGAGCGGGCUGAUAACAGGAAGAAGAUAUUUGAAGCUUUCCGUACCAACGUCCUGCUCACAUGGGCGUUUUCCAACCUCAUCUUUGCACUCUUCAUUGUGUACUUCGCGAGUUCAUCGACUUAUAUGCCCAUGCUGUACAUCUUUGUUGCCAGCAUCAACUUGUGCCGACUGCUGGGGUGCAUCGGUCACUGGAUCUACAUUCACACGGCUGGCCUACGUGAUCGUGUUUUUGACAAGACUGAAUGCGGCAAUGGCAAUGGUCGCUACCCGCUGAACUCGUACGUACAGCUCGAUGAGCACUACGCUGCUCUUGCAGAGGAUCAGCGCACGUACGCUUCCGUACGUACCAACAACAACGACAUCUCCUCGGCCGCGUAA